AUGUCUCUUUUUCUUAUUUUUCUAUUUCUUCUUCUUCUGUCGAAAAUUUUUCUCAUUCUUUUUCGUUGUUUUUUUUUUACAUGUGUUCUUUUUCUUCUUUUCUUCUUCUUUCCUUCUUUGUUUCCUUUUUCGUCUUCAUUAAAAAUUUGUGUUUUUUCUUUCGUUAUUUUUCUUCAUAUCUCUCCUUCUUCUUCUUUUUCAUCUUCUUCAGUUGAAAAGUUCGUUGUUAAUUUUUCAUCUCCCCUUCUUCUUUUUCUUCAGUUGAAAAAACGUGUUUCUCUUUGCUUCUUUUCAUCUUUUCAGUUGUUUUUAAUUUCCUUCGUUGUUAACAUCAUCCCCUUCUUCUUUUCAUCUUCUUCAGUUGAAAACGUUUUUCUCUUUGCACUUUCGUUGUUAAUUUCCUUCACAUCUCCCCUUCUUCUUUUCAUCUUCUUCAUUGAAAACGUUUUUCUCUUUGCACUUUCGUUGUUAAUUUCCUUCACAUCUCCCCUUCUUCUUUUUCAUCUUCUUCAGUUGAAAACGUUUUUCUCUUUGCCCUUUCGUUUUGAAAACGUGUUUCUCUUUGCACUUUCGUUGUUAAUUUCCUUCACAUCUCCCCUUCUUCUUUUUCAUCUUCUUCAGUUGAAAACGUGUUUCUCUUUGCCCUUUUCGUUUGUUAAUUUCCUUCACAUCUCCCCUUCUUUUUUCAUCUUCUUCAUUGAAAACGUGUUUUCUCUUUGCACUUUCGUUGUUAAUUUCCUUCAUCUCCCCUUCUUCUUUUCAUCUUCUUCAGUUGAAAACGUGUUUCUCUUUGCACUUUCGUUGUUAAUUUCCUUCACAUCUCCCUUCUUUUUUUCAUCUUCUUCAGUUGAAAACGUGUUUCUCUUUGCCCUUUCGUUGUUAAUUUCCUUCACAUCUCCCUUCUUCUUUUCAUCUUCUUUUCGUUUCUUCUUCUUUCUUGAAAACGUGUUUCUCUUUGCACUUUCGUUGUUAAUUUCCUUCACAUCUCCCCUUCUUCUUUUUCAUCUUCUUCAGUUGAAAACGUUUUCUCUUUGCCCUUUCGUUGUUAAUUUCCUUCACAUCUCCCCUUCUUCUUUUUCAUCUUCUUCAGUUGAAAACGUGUUUCUCUUUGCCCUUUCGUUGUUAAUUUCCUUCAUCUCCCUUCUUCUUUUUUUUGAAAAUCUUCUUCACUUUCGUUUUGAAAACGUGUUUCUCUUUGCCCUUUCGUUGUUAAUUUCCUUCACAUCUCCCUUCUUCUUUUCAUCUUCUUCAGUUGAAAACGUGUUUCUCUUUGCCCUUUCGUUGUUAAUUUCCUUCACAUCUCCCCUUCUUCUUUUUCAUCUUCUUCAGUUGAAAACGUGUUUCUCUUUGCCCUUUCGUUUUGAAAACGUGUUUCUCUUUGCACUUUCGUUGUUAAUUUCCUUCACAUCUCCCCUUCUUCUUUUUCAUCUUCUUCAGUUGAAAACGUUUUCUCUUUGCCCUUUCGUUGUUAAUUUCCUUUCUCCUUCUUUUCAUCUUCUUCAUCUCUCCCUUUUCGUUGUUCUUCCUUUUCAUCUUCUUCAUCUUCAGUUGAAAAACGUUUUCUCUUGCACUUUCGUUGUUAAUUUCCUUCAUCUCCCCUUCUUCUUUUUCAUCUUCUUCAUUGAAAACGUUUUUCUCUUUGCCCUUUCGUUGUUAAUUUCCUUCACAUCUCCCCUUCUUCUUUUUCAUCUUCUUCAGUUGAAAACGUUUUCUCUUUGCCCUUUCGUUGUUAAUUUCCUUCACAUCUCCCUUCUUCUUUUUUCAUCUUCUUCAGUUGAAAACGUUUUUUCUCUUUUGCACUUUCGUUUUGAAAACGUUUUCUCUUUGCCCUUUCGUUUUUUAAUUUCCUUCACAUCUCCCCUUCUUCUUUUUUCAUCUUCUUCAGUUGAAAACGUUUUCUCUUUGCCCUUUCGUUUUGAAAACGUUUGUUUCCUUCUCUUUCUUCUUUUCAUCUUCUUGUUAACGUGUUUUUGCCCUUUCGUUGUUAAUUUCCCAUCUCCCCUUUCUUUUUCAUCUUCUUCAGUUGAAAACGUGUUUCUCUUUGCCCUUUCGUUUGUUAAUUUCCUUCAUCUCCCCUUCUUCUUUUCAUCUUCUUCAUUCUUCUUGUGUUUUUUUGCACUUUCGUUUUCGUUGUUAAUUUCCUUCAUCUCCCCUUCUUCUUUUUCAUCUUCUUCAGUUGAAAACGUUUUUCUCUUUGCCCUUUCGUUGUUAAUUUCCUUCAUCUCCCCUUCUUCUUUUUCAUCUUCUUCAGUUGAAAACGUUUUUCUCUUUGCCCUUUCGUUGUUAAUCUCCUUCUUCUUUUUUCCUUCGUGUUUCACUUUCAUUUCUUCCUUCUUCUUUUUCAUCUUCUUCAUUGUUAAUUUCCUUCAUUCCCCUUCUUCUUUUGCCCUUUCGUUGAAAACGUUUUUUUCCUUUUCUUUGUUAAUUUCCCCAUCUCCUUCUUCUUUUUCAUCUUCUUCAGUUGAAAACUUUGAAAACAUUUCCUUCAUCUCCUUCUUUUCAUCUUCUUCAGUUGAAAACGUUUUUUUGUUAAUUUCCUUCUUCUCUCCCUUCUUCUUUUCAUCUUCUUCAGUUGAAAACGUGUUUCUUUUUGCACUUUCGUUGUUAAUUUCCCCUUCUUCUUCUUUUCAUCUUCUUCAGUUGAAAACGUGUUUUCUCUUUCAUCUCCCUUCUUCUUUUCAUCUUCUUCUUGAAAACGUUUUCUCUUUGCCCUUUCGUUUGUUAAUUUCCUUCACAUCUCCCUUCUUCUUUUCAUCUUCUUCAGUUGAAAACGUGUUUUUUUUCUUUGCACUUUCGUUGUUAAUUUCCUUCAUCUCCCCUUCUUCUUUUCAUCUUUUCAUCUUGAAAACUUUUUUUCUCUUUCUUUUUCAUCUUCUUUCGUUUGUUAAUUUCCUUCACAUCUCCCCUUCUUUUUCAUCUUCUUCAGUUGAAAACGUGUUUCUCUUUGCCCUUUCGUUUGUUAAUUUCUUUCAUCUCCCCUUCUUCUUUUUCAUCUUCUUCAUUGAAAACGUUUUUCUCUUUGCCCUUUCGUUGUUAAUUUCCUUCACAUCUCCCCUUCUUCUUUUCAUCUUCUUCAUUUCCUUCAUCUCCCCUUCUUCUUUUUCAUCUUCUUCAGUUGAAAACGUGUUUCUCUUUGCCCUUUCGUUGUUAAUUUCCUUCACAUCUCCCCUUCUUCUUUUUCAUCUUCUUCAGUUGAAAACGUUUUCUCUUUGCCCUUUCGUUGUUAAUUUCCUUCACAUCUCCCCUUCUUCUUUUUCAUCUUCUUCAGUUGAAAACGUUUUCUCUUUGCCCUUUCGUUUUGAAAACGUGUUUCUCUUUGCCCCCUUUCAUCUCCCCCCUUCUUCUUUUCAUCUUCUUCAGUUGAAAACGUGUUUCUCUUUUGCACUUUCGUUGUUAAUUUCCUUCAUCUCCCCUUCUUCUUUUUCAUCUUCUUCAUUGAAAACGUUUUUUCUCUUUGCACUUUCGUUGUUAAUUUCCUUCACAUCUCCCCCUUCUUUUCUUUUUCAUCUUCUUCUUGAAAACGUUUUUCUCUUUGCACUUCCGUUGUUAAUUUCCUUCACAUCUCCCCUUCUUCUUUUCAUCUUCUUCAUUGAAAACGUUUCUCUUUGCCCUUUCGUUGUUUUUCCUUUCCUUCUUCUUUUCAUCUUCUUGUUAAUUUCCUUCCCACUUUCUCCUCCUUCUUCUUUUUCAUCUUCUUCAUUGAAAACGUUGUUUCUCUUUGCCCUUUCGUUGUUAAUUUCCUUUUCCUUCUUCUUUCUCUUCUUCUUCUUUUCAUCUUCUUCAGUUGAAAACGUGUUUCUCUUUGCCCUUUUCGUUGUUAAUUUCCUUCACAUCUCCCCUUCUUCUUUUUCAUCUUCUUCAGUUGAAAACGUUGUUAAUUUUUUCUCUUUUCAUUUUUCUUUCGUUUUUGAAAACGUGUUUCUCUUUGCCCUUUCGUUUUUCUUCUUUUUUCUUUUUGCCCUUUUCGUUGUUAAUUUCCUUCACAUCUCCCCUUCUUCUUUUUCAUCUUCUUCAGUUGAAAACGUGUUUCUCUUUGCCCUUUCGUUGUUAAUUUCCUUCAUCUCCCUUCUUCUUUUUCAUCUUCUUCAGUUGAAAACGUUUUCUCUUUGCCCUUUCGUUGUUAAUUUCCUUCACAUCUCCCCUUCUUCUUUUCAUCUUCUUCAGUUGAAAACGUUUUCCUUCAUCUCCUUCUUCUUUUUCGUUGUUGAAAAUUUUCCUGCCAUCUUUCUUCUUUUUUCAUCUUCUUCAGUUGAAAACGUGUUUCUCUUUGCCCUUUUCGUUGAAUUUCCUUCUCCCCUUUUUCAUCUUUUUUUCAUCCUUCUUUUUCAUCUUCUUCAGUUGAAAACGUUUUUCUCUUUGCCCUUUCGUUUGUUAAUUUCCUUCAUCUCCCCUUCUUCUUUUUCAUCUUCUUCAGUUGAAAACGUUUUUCUCUUUGCCCUUUCGUUGUUAAUUUCCUUCACAUCUCCCCUUCUUCUUUUUCAUCUUCUUCAGUUGAAAACGUGUUUCUCUUUGCACUUUCGUUUUGAAAACGUGUUUCUCUUUGCCCUUUCGUUGUUAAUUUCCUUUCAUCUCCCCUUCUUCUUUUUCAUCUUCUUCAUUGAAAAACUUUCGUUGUUAAUUUCCUUCACAUCUCCCUUCUUCUUUUUUCUUCUUGUUGAAAAAUUUCACUUUCAUUUGUUAAUUUCAUCUCUCCUUCUUCUUUUCAUCUUCUUCAUUGAAAACGUUUUUCUCUUUGCCCUUUCUUUUGUUAAUUUCCUUCAUCUCCCCUUCUUCUUUUCAUCUUCUUCAGUUGAAAACGUGUUUCUCUUUCUUUCGUUGUUAAUUUCCUUCACAUCUUUCUUCUUUUUCAUCUUCUUCAUUGAAAACCCUUUUCUUUUCAUCUUCGUUGAAGUUUUUUUCUCUUUGCCCUUUCGUUUUUUCUUAAUUUUUAGUUCUUCAUCUUUCUUCUUUUUUCAUCUCCCUUCUUCUUUUUCUUUCUUCUUCGUUUUAAAACUUCAUUCCCCUUCUUCUUUUCAUCUUCUUCAGUUGAAAAUUUCCUUCAUCUCCCCUUCUUCUUUUCAUCUUCUUCAGUUGAAAACGUGUUUCUUUCUUUUUGCCAUCUCCUUCUUCUUUUUCUUCUUUUCGUGUUUCUUCUUUGCACUUUCGUUGUUAAUUUCCUUCAUCUCCCUUCUUCUUUUCAUCUUCUUCAGUAUUUUUCUUUCCUUUCAUCUCCCUUCUUCUUUUCAUCUUCUUCAUUUUCCGUCUUUUCUCUUUGCACUUUCGUUGUUAAUUUCCUUCACAUCUCCCUUCUUCUUUUCAUCUUCUUCAGUUGAAAACGUGUUUCUCUUUCUUUCGUUGUUAAUUUCUUCUCUCCCUUCUUCUUUUCAUCUUCUUCGUUUAAAACGUUUUCUCUUUCUUUUCUCUCAUUUAUUUCCUUCACAUCCCCUUCUUCUUUUCAUCUUCUUCAGUUACUGUUUCUCUUUGCCCUUUCUUUUGAAAACGUUUUCCUUCUCUUUACUUUCGUUGUUAAUUUCCUUCAUCUCCCCUUCUUCUUUUCAUCUUCUUCAGUUGAAAACGUGUUUUUCUUUGCUUCUUCUUGUUAAUUUCCUUUCUUCUUCUUCUUUUCUUCUUUUCCUUCGUUUUUUCUUCAAUCUAAAACAUCUUUUCCUUUCUUCUACUACGUUUUCUCUUUCUUCUUGUUUUUUCUUCUUCCCCUUCUUUUUUUCUUCUUCAGUUGAAAACGUUUUUUCCUUCUUUUACUCUUUUAAUUUCAAUCUCCCCUUCUUCUUGUCCUCUCUUCUACUACUUGCACUUUCGUUGUUAAUUUCUUCAUCUCCCCUUCUUCUUCUUCUUCAGUUCUUCUUUUUUCGUUUUAAUUUCCUUUUCCUUCUUCUUUUCAUCUUCUUCAGUUUUGUUUGUUCUUUCUUCUUCUUCUUUCCUUCCCAUCUCCCCUUCUUCUUUUCAUCUUCUUCAUUGAAAACUUUUUCUCUUUUACUUUCGUUGUUAAUUUCCUUCAUCUCCCCUUCUUCUUUUCAUCUUCUUCUUGAAAACGUUUUUCUUUCUUUUCUUUUUUCUUCUUCCUUCUUCUUCUUCUUCUUCUUUUCAUCUUAA